UUUUCCCACCAAAUUUACCAGAAAAGCAAAGAAAAAUUAAAGCAAAGAGAUCAAAAAAAUUAAAAAAAAAUGGCAACUGCAUUUCUCUCAACUGCUAACUCCUUCCUUUCCUCAACUCUCUCAACUUCCACGUCUUCUUCCUGUUCAUCUUCUUCUUCUUCAUUAACACCAGCAUUAAUUUACCUCAACAAUCAAACUGUCAAAAGAAGACAAACUCUUUGCAAAGCAUUCAACGAAUCACCACCACCCUCUCCAGCUUUAACCAAAAGAGGCUUCUCUCUCGGCUUCAUCACCAGCUUAGUCUUGGCUGGUAAUGGUUGCUUCGGUGCCAAUGCAGCAAUUCUAGAGGCUGAUGAUGAUGAAGAACUUUUGGAGAAAGUCAAGAAAGAUAGGAAGAAAAGGCUUGAAAGACAAGGAGUGAUCAGUUCAUCAGACCAAGAGAAAGGAUAUUUGCAGGAUCUGGUAUACAAGUUAAGCAAAAUAGGUCAAGCCAUCGACAACAAUGAUCUGCCUGCAGCCAGCUCAGUUCUUGGGGGAAGCACUGAUAUAGAUUGGGUCAAGAAUGCCAAUAAAGCCUUCAACAAGCUGAGCUCUAGUCCUGAAGAAAAGACUCAGGUGGAUACGUUUAAUGCUUCAUUAGCUUCACUGAUCUCAUCAGUUACAAAAAAUGAUGUUGAAUCAUCCAAAGUAGCAUUUGUGGCAUCGGCAAGUGCAUUUGAGAAAUGGACGACCUUGACAGGGCUCUUUGGACAACUUAAAGGUCUUUGAGGAAAAGGAUGAUGGAUUUUCUUUUUCUUCUUUUUAGCAUCUGUUGAGAAAAAGUACAAUUAAGGUUUCAUUUAUCCUCCAUUGGGGAAUUUUACUGAAAUCCUCUAUUAGCGUUUCUUCUCUUUUUCACGAUUCAGCUGGGUCCAAAAGUUGAGAUCAACAGACUAUUUCUUUCGUAAGAGCUGUAAUUCCUUGCUCGAUUUGUUUGAGCUUCGGUUUUUUGUAAGAUUUCUCAAUAAGCACCACAAAUUCUGAUGCAAUCAGCUGCCAGGGAUCUUCUUUUAUCAAUAUACUAACCAGUUAGUUUGAAGGA